AUGGACAGAAGAUUUCCUGUUUUUUUUCUGAGUGCUGUCCAGCUGCAGCAACCUCAGAACCAGUUCUCUGACUCUUAUAUUAUACAGCGUUUGCGAGAAACUCUCUUUACCACAAUUAAUGAAGUGAAGCUCCUCAAAGAGGAAAAUAAAGCGCUGAAGGACUCCAUCCAUCAACAGGGAGAAUCCGAAAGGCCGAAUGUGACCCAGCUCCAGAAGGAGGUGAAGCUAAAAGAUGAUCUUCUCCUGAAAGCUGCUCAAAAAGAGCAGGAGAUGACCAGGGCCUACAUAAUCACCUCAGACCUGCUGGCUCUAAAAGAGGAGGAGGUUAAAAGCCUAAAAGAGGAGCUACACCUCAAAGACAGCCUCCUGGAAAGUGUUGUGAAGAAGGACGCUCUAGCCUCAAAAGAGAUGGAGAUUAAGAGUCUCAGAUAUAAUCUCAGAAGGGAGCUAGCGUGCAAGGAAGACCUCCGGGCUGAGAUGAAGGAGAAGGUCCAUGAAAACCAAGCCAAUGAAAAGCUGGAGGUGAGCAGGCUACAAGAGGAGCUUAAGUCAACAAAAGAGCUCCUGGGUAGGGCCAUCAAACAACGACGCAAGAGAACUAAGGCCUACCUAGAUACUAUGGACCUGCUCAACAAGAGGAGCUUGGAGCUGAAGAGGACCGAGGAGCACUGGAGACUUAAGUGCAAUGAGCUGCAGAAGAGUCUCGAUGAGCAGACCAGCAACCUGCAGGUACUUCAGAGCUCAGAUAUAUGA